GACUUCUAGCCAGUAAUACGUCAGCACAUCACACGAGAAAAAAACACCGAUUUAGGCCUACGAUAGGAAGACAGGGUCAUUCAAAUUUCCUUGCUGUAUUACAGAUCUGCAAUCUAAAGAUGUUGCCUAAGUGUCUUCGAGCAUCCCUUUUUAUAUUAUUGAUCCUAUUAAUUGGGAAGUCAUCAGCUUCAUCAGCAACCCAAUUGAACAGUUCUAAUUAUCAAACAUUUUUAGAUACCAAUAAAGUUGCACUUAUCAAUUUUUAUGCUGAAUGGUGCAGAUUUAGCCAGAUGCUUGCUCCCAUUUUUGACCAGGCAGCUGCAAUAAUUAAGGAAGAGUAUCCAGACUCUGCAGCAUUAGGAAAAGUUGACUGUGAAACAGAGCAUCAGAUUUCAUCAGAUAAUGCAAUUUCCAAGUAUCCAACUUUGAAAAUUUUCAGAAAUGGAAAGCCCAUGAGAAAAGAGUACAGAGGCCAAAGAUCAGUCGAUGCUUUUACAAAUUUUAUCAGAAAGGAAAUGAAACCAAGUGUAAAGGAAUAUCAUUCGAAAGAAGAUUUUACCCCAGAUACAAAAAGAAAUAGUGUUUUUGGUUACUUUGAAUCAAGAACUUCUGAAGAUUACAAAGUAUUCGAAAAGAUUGCAGAUGAACUACGGGAUGACUGUGACUUUUGGGUUGGCUUUGGCGAAGCAUCGCAGAAGGAGAGGGCACUUGGAGAUGGUGUUGUAUUCCGUGCAAAGCAGACCCCGGUAGACCAAGAUCUUAUAUACACUGGUGAUCUGCUGAAGUCUGAGCUGUUGAAAGCCUGGGUCAAUGACAAAUGCGUACCACUUGUCAGAGAAAUAACAUUUGAAAAUGGUGAAGAACUUACUGAAGAAGGACUGCCAUUUUUAUUGCUCUUUCAUCGGCCAGAAGACACUGAAAGUAUAAAAAAAUUCAAGGAUAUAAUCGCGAAAGAGUUAUACCACGAAAAAGAGAGAAUCAACUUCCUACAUGCGGAUGGAACCAGAUUCUCACAUCCACUCCAUCAUCUGGAAAAAAGUGAACAGGAUCUACCAAUGAUAGCAAUCGACAGUUUCAGACACAUGUAUCUGUUUCCUAAAUUCGAAGAUAUCAAUACCCCUGGCAAGCUGCAACAGUUUAUCGAUGAUCUUCACUCGGGUAAACUUCAUAGAGAGUACCACAAUGGGCCUGACCCGACAGAACCUCCUCAGAUAGAGGUUCACGAAGAGGCUGGAGAAGGCGAUGCACAGGUGGAGCAAAAGACAGAACACCCUGACAAAGCUAGCCAGGAGCAAGCGGGAUCGACUUACGAUGAGAGUGGAAGUGGUGCCAAAAGUGGUCCUCCUGAGACUGUAUUUAGUAAAUUAUUGCCAAGCGAGAAUAGGUACACUUUAUUAAGAUAUAGAGACGAACUUUAAUAAAAGGAGAUGCAAGUGAAACGAAAAUAUUUUGAUACGUAGAUAUUGAAUUUAUUAUUUCUGCGUAAAGGUAUGUAACAGCUUAAUGGGAUAACAAGGCAGUAUUCUAGAACCCCACAUCCGCACCAUCCCUUCUCAAUGCAUAUAUAUGAAAUAACAGUCUUGAAACAAUCGGAGCUAAAAGCUGAUACCUUUUACCUCGUGUGACCCAGUUUACCACUUGGGUGACCGUUGUUAUUUAUAUAAUACACCCCAAGUUUUUGCCAUGGAUUUGGCUGUAUUACAGUGCAUUUUGUAUGUUUAAAAAAUCUUUUUAAGGUUACAUAAAGUUUUAUGAUAAUGUUAAAAAUGCUGUAUUUUCGUUUCUUGUAUUCCAAGUCAACAUUCCUACCAGUGAUAGAAGUGUUAGGAUCUAUAUUCAAUUGAGAAGGUAACUGUAAGAAAAAGUAGACGGAUCAAAGGUGUCUUAGAAAAGAAAUUUUUGUAUAUCUUUACUACAUUUCAUAAUAGUUGAAAAAUCUUUGAGUUGCAUGAGAUGUAAUGGAAUUAUAGGAUUGAGAUAAAGCUAUGCAUGGAUAUUGUUACAUUAAUUUCGUGCUUUGAAUUAGUUUUAGUCCUAUGUGUUAUUAAAAGAGGGAAAAUUGCACAAGAAAGGUUUCCUUCUGCUCUUAUAGAAAUAUGAGUGAAUGUAGUAUGAAAAAUAAAACAGGCGUACUUUAUGAGACCUACUGAGGUUAAAA